AGUGGAGCACGCGCGCAUGUAAAACUGGCUAAUCAGGAAUGGCUUUCCUAGUUUAAUAAAUUAUUCAGCAGCAUCCACUCAGCUGGCAACAAUUUGGCUCUAUCAAAGACCACCGCUGGUUUUGGGCUCUAAAUUAGUAUUAAUUUUGUUGAAACUUCAAAAGCUAAAUUAAAACCAGAAUCGUUUGGACGUCCACAUAUAUUUUUAAUUAGUUAUAAUUUACCUUUAUUUAGCCUUUACAAUUAUUUAAAAAAGAUGUGGAUGUUCCUGGGAGUAGCAACCUUCACCUAUCUUUACAAAAAAUCCGACUUCGUCUUGAGUUUGGCGCUGAAAGACAUCGCCAUGACCGCAGUUUUCUGUUUUGUGGCCGGGCUGCUGCUGUCAUAUGUCAGUUUUUUCCACGGCCAGAAGUUCCCAGUCUUUCAGCUGUUUAAUCGGCCUCUAGGGCUUUUGUCCUUUUUACCUGUCGUCAACCAAUUAAUCCCUCAACCUGCGACACGGAGCAGCAAGAAAACAAACAGCAGCCCUAAUAAGAACUAUUUGCGGAGUAACCGGAGGCGGCGCGCGGCAGGAGCGGAGUCCUCCGCCGCGGAUCCAGAUGUGCUGAUAGUUGGCGCCGGGGUUUUGGGCUCCGCCAUGGCGGCCGUGCUGGCCCGGGACGGGAGGAAGGUGACAGUGGUGGAGAGGGACCUGAAGGAGCCCGACAGGAUAGUGGGGGAGCUGCUGCAGCCGGGGGGGUACAGAGCACUGCGGGAGCUGGGACUGGAAGGUUCGGUGGAGGGUCUGGACGCCCAUCUGGUAAACGGAUAUGUGAUCCAUGACAUGGCCAGCAGCACGGAGGUGGAGAUCCCUUACCCCGAGGAGAGGGGAAGCAUCCAAUGCGGACGAGCCUUCCAUCACGGCCGGUUCAUUAUGGGCCUGAGGAGCGCCGCCAUGGCCGAGCCAAAUGUCACAAUGGUUGAAGGCACCGUGACCGGUUUGAGGGAGGAGGACGGCUGUGUAACUGGAGUCCAGUAUAAAGACAAAGAAACUGGAGACAUCCAGGAGAUCCACGCAGCGCUGACCGUUGUGGCCGAUGGCUGCUUCUCCAAAUUCCGGAAAAAUCUGGUUCCCGGGAAAGCCCGCGUCUCCUCUCACUUUGUUGGGUGUCUGAUGAAGGACUGUCCCCAGUUUAAAGCCAACCACGCGGAGCUGGUCCUGGCCCACCCCAGCCCCGUCCUCAUCUACCAGAUCUCCUCCUCCCACACCAGGGUGCUCGUAGACAUCCGGGGGGAGAUGCCAAGGAACCUUACCGAGUACAUGUCCGAGAAAAUACACCCCCAGCUGCCAGAGCAUUUGAAGGAGCCUUUCAUGGUGGCGCUUCAGAACGAUCGGCUCAGGUCCAUGCCUGCCAGCUUCCUGCCCCCCUCCCCCGUCAACAAGCCAGGCGUGCUGCUCCUGGGCGACGCCUACAACAUGAGGCACCCUCUGACCGGAGGCGGGAUGAGCGUGGCCCUGAACGACGUGCGCAUCUGGAGGAGUCUGCUGGGCGGCGUUCCUGACCUGUGCGACGACGCGGCCCUGCUGCAGGCUAAGAAAAAAUUCCACUGGGAACGCAAGUCAUCACAUUCCUUCGUGGUGAAUGUGUUGGCCCAGGCCCUGUACGAGCUGUUUGCAGCCACCGACGACUCGCUCCAUGAGCUCAGAAAGGCCUGCUUUCAGUACUUCAAGCUCGGGGGAAAGUGCAUCACCGGGCCCAUCGGACUCCUGUCAGUGCUAACACCGAAGCCCAUGACCCUCAUUGGACACUUCUUUGCCGUGGCGCUGUAUGCAAUCUACAGCAACUUUAAGUCGGAAUCCUGGAGCACCAAACCCAGAGCGCUGUUCAAGAGCGGACUCAUCCUGUACCGGGCCUGCACAGUCAUGUUUCCACUCAUCUAUUCUGAACUCAAGUACCUGGUUUAUUAGUCACAGCUGCAGUCCCAGGAACCCUGGCGGCGUUCAGACUGUCCCACACUGCAUCAUUUAAACCGCUAGCCCUGGAAACAGUCGUUUUAGGUACAUUUCUCAAAAGAUGUUGCACUGUCAAGCAUAAUGCCUUUGUAGUCUGGUCUGUCUGUCAUCAUUUUUUCCUGUUGCGCGGGUGUUCGGUACUAGGAAUAAACGAAAACUUUCCUUUUUUUUUUUUAGAAGCACUUACCUUUUUUUAUUUCAAACAUCUGCCAGGGUGUUCUCAGCCUCUUGUGCUGAGAAAUGACUUGUUCCUGGCAAGAGGACUAAAACUGAUGGGACUUUUUUAUUUUCUUAUAGUAGGGACGAUGUUUCAAGUCAAAAUAUGAAGCCUGGGCUGUGCGCUGACAUGGACUUCCACACUAACUUAUGCCAGAAUUUGCCUUAAAUAAGUAAUUGACUAUUUUUGUUUUUUUGUUUUCUAUACAAGUGUUCUACCUCAAGGGCCCUGGUACUGCUGUUCCACUGUUCAAUCGAAACUAAAUCUAAGGUGGUUUACUAUCAAGUUAAUGUUUAAAUUCGAAGAAAAUCUAUAUAUUUUUUCCUUGUGGGUUGUUUUGGUUGAUAGACAUGUGGUUGGUUAAGAUUCCGAUUCGCUGUAGCCCAGAUUUCCAGCUUUGAUAUAGUGGAUGCAGGUUUCACUGGAGUUUACCGUCUCACUUCGGCCUGCCGACAUAAUGAGAGGUUUUCUGUAACAAGUGCUCAGGAUUCAUCUGUUCAAUAAAUUC